ACAAGUAAAUAUGAUGGCCGCGUAGAAAUCCAGGAAAAUUACGAUUACUGGGGAACUGUCUGUGAUGAUGACUUUGAUUUCGAAGACGGAAAUACUAUUUGUCGAAUGAUGAACAUGUCAUUAUUGAAGAACUAUACACGCUCAACACACGGAUCUGGUUCCGGUCCUAUUAUGUUUGAUCGUUUGAACUGUGACGAAAACGAUUAUCACAUACAGGAUUGCAGCUAUAACACUCCGAAGUAUUGCUCAUCGUCCGAUAUCGUUUCUCUUCUAUGCUCAGAAUGCGGUCCGCCACAAGAAGAUGGCGAAGUUACAUAUUCGACAAACGGAACCAUAGCAACGAUCCAUUGUCACUAUGAGUAUCUAUCAGAUGAUCCUGUUAUUGAAUGUAUCGAUGGUAAUUGGUCGCAAAUUGGAGUCUGUGAUUUCUACGGUACGGUUUAUGUAAUACAUGGUCCAUUACAAUGA